UGCAGACUGGAGACUCUCAGGAUCAAUGACGAGCCAAUCAGAGCCAAGAUACAGAAGAACUGUGACUCCGAUGUGGAACAGGAAGUGAAGACAGACAGAAAGGCUCCUGAAUCCUUCUCACCUGAACACACAACUGAGUCUUCAUACAGGUUCAGGUGUCCUGGUCCAGGUAUGUUCCAGUGUGCUUCGACUGGCCUGGUGUUCGUCAUGGCUCAGGAGGCGGAGCUUCUGUACAGGGUGGCCACUUGGGAUGAGAGCCUCCUCCAAUCAGCUGGCAAGCAGGCAGCAGGGCCGCUGUUCGACGUGAAGAGUUCUGAUGAAGCUGCCGUCUGCCAGCUCCACCUGCCACACAGCGAGACAGAGGAUGCGCUGCUCCUGGACGGCCUGUUGUCUGUCGUCCACAUCACUGAUGAAGGCCUGAGCAUCUUGGAGCCGCUGGAGGUCACACACACUCACGUGGUGGUGAAGGUGCUUCACCUCUCUUCCUUUGGCCUUAUCAUCGAUAAAUUGAGAAGGCUUCUGAAGUGGCGAAUAAAGGGCAAAAUUCUGCUGUUCCUACGACCCCCGGGCAGAGUGGAACAAAUACUGGAUGUAUUUCUGCUGCAGAACAACGUCCUUGAGGAGGAGGUUGUUAAACACAGACGUGCUGUGAACAUCCCAAUCUCCUCCGACUGUGAGCUGGACAUUGAUCACAGUUACAGUGUGCACUGUGAACCUGAGGGCUUCUUCAUUCAGCCUGAGAGUAAAACAUUUGAUUCCAGGUUUGGACCAAACUACUACCCGGCAUUUCUAGUUUCCCUGACGACGAGCACAGAGAGAGUGGUUUUGAAGGUCAAGGACCAAGGUGGAAACGUAGUCUGGUAUUGUCGCGUGUCACUGGAAGAUCCAAGGAAGGAAUUGUCCCAGAGAAAUGUCCCAGCAGAGAGCAGAGUCCAAGCAGAGAACAGAGUCCCAGCAGAGAGCAGAGUCCCAGCAGAGAGCAGAGUCCCAGCAGUGAGCAGAGUCCCAGCAGAGAUCAGAGUCCCAGCAGAGAGCAGAGUCCCAGCAGAGAUCAGAGUCCCAGUAGUCGAGUGGCUGUUCUCAGUUCGGACAGAGUUCAUUCGAAGAGUGACUCCAACUCUCCUGAAUGACCUUCUGGAUAAACUCUUUGAGUCUGGAGUCAUCAAUGAAUCUGAAAUGACGUCGGCCAGAACCAAACCCCAAAAUGAUGGAGCACGAGAGGUGGUGGACGCGGUGCGAAGAAAAGGAGCUGCAGCCAGCAGGGUUCUGAUCAAUGCUCUCCGUGAGCUGGACCCGUAUCUUUAUGAAGACCUCAACUUGAGCUGAGGAAAAACCUUGUGGAGUGUGUGUGACAGUUGAAGUCCUAGUCCUCUGUUUUGUACCUGUACAUUUUACAUGACCUCUUGUCCUUGAAGGUAACACAGAGCAGCUACCCGUAUCGGCCUUCCUUUGGUGUUAUCUUGAGUUUUUUUCAAGUACAUGUUUACUUUAUUACAUACAAUACUUUAAUUUACCACCAUCCAUUGCAUCCUUUCACAUUUUUGUCAGGCAUAGGAGCCGGGUUAUGACAAAAAUAAGGGCUUGUUCUUAUUUUACCAAUUGGUACUGACUGCUGGGUAAGAUUUGGGAUUUUGGGGCAUUUGGUACCUAGGCAUGCGAUUUGGAGUUUUAUUUGUGUUGUAUUAUCAAACUGCAAAAACCUGUACCUGUUUGUGCUGGUGAAUGUAAAUAUAAUAUACUUUGGUAGUGAAUUAAACCCAGUGGUGUUCAGUAACUAAGUACAUUUACUCAAAUACUGUACUUAAGUACAAUUCUGAAGUACUUAUACUUUACUUGAGUAUCUCAAUAUUUUUGCUACUUUGUACUUACCCAGUGGCGGCUGGCCCAUAGGGGGCGAUAGGGCGCCGCCCUCCCUAAACCCAAGCCCCCAGGAAGUCCUCCGGACUCUGUGCCCAAAAUUCCUUGUGUCCAAACGGCGGUACUGCAACUUCCGUAUCAGGCCGUGACGUCACCCGGCCCAACAUUUUUUUUUUCCAUUGACUAA